AUGCAUUUUAAUGAAGACACGCGACCUCCCUGCCGGCUGCUCCCGCCUCCGAAAGCUCAUUACCCCCACCAAGAGAAAGCAGCAGGCGUGAAGCAGGAGAAAGCAGCAGGCGUGAAGCAGGAGAAAGCAGCAGGCGUGAAGCAGGAGAAAGCAGCAGGCGUGAAGCAGGAGAAAGCAGCAGGCGUGAAGCAGGAGAAAGCAGCAGGCGUGAAGCAGGAGAAAGCAGCAGGCGUGAAGCAGGAGAAAGCAGCAGGCGUGAAGCAGGAGAAAGCAGCAGGCGUGAAGCAGGAGAAAGCAGCAGGCGUGAAGCAGGAGAAAGCAGCAGGCGUGAAGCAGGAGAAAGCAGCAGGCGUGAAGCAGGAGAAAGCAGCAGGCGUGGAGCGGACUGGUGCCGGGUUUUGGACCAAGAUACAAAAGAAAGGAUUUAUUUGUGUGAAGAAUAAAUUAGUUAAAAAUUAA